AUGGCUCCCGAAGGUGCUCGGGAGCGUGGUAUGCACAGGUAUGCCCAUUAUUGGAUUCGUCAUCGCGUCCUGAUGCUGAUAUCUAAGGCAGGUAUUAUCAGCCCUGGCUCGAGACAUUCAUCUCCACCGAUUUUGAACGAGCGGCUCAUCUCCCUCCUCGCAUCCCAGAUAACGGGCACCGACCGAGACAAGGCUUUGACUGCUUUCGCACAAUUGGGUUGUCUUCGAUUAAAUGCUAAAAGAGGGGUCGUCACUCUGCUCGACCGCACCAAACAAUACAUCAUCGCGGAGGCUACCAAUCCCUCUCUCUUUUGA